AGAACUCAUAGCGUGGGACAGUCUCUCAUUUAGCAGUUUCUCCAUGCACUCUCAGCACAGACAGACCGGUGGAAAUACUACGGUGCGCGCACAAACACACACACUCUAGUCUACACACAUUCCAGACACUUGCAGACGCUUGUGUUACGCGGACUCCACUAGAUACCGUAGCAGCUGGCGUUGCGAACUCAAGUCAACAAGAGGAAACAUCCACGAGUCGUGACAUCCUCGGAGUCGGCUCCGUUUACACAUCCGUACUCCACUCGCAUACUCAGACAGACAAGGACUCUUUCGGGACAGCUUCAGUGUUACUGUCUACCUUUGCCAACUUUCUAUAAACCAAGAAGGAUUGAAACACAGAUUUUGAUAUAAUUUUCCAGUGCGUGUUGGAGCGCCUAUAUAUUAUAUUUGUGGCAUGUUGUAGCGCACCGCCAGAGGAAGACAGCGACCAUACACAUGCUGGCUGGACACCGGUCCCUAGGUCAAGUUCAGUCUCUGACCCCCACCCCUCACCUUUGACCCCUCACCCCGGAUGGAAGAACGCACCCAUUCCUUUAGGAGGUUGAAGUUGAUGAGUUCCCCCAGCCUCAGUGACCUGGGGAAGAGUGACAAGGCAGCGUUGGAGGAGAGAGGGACACAGCAGAGAAAAGCUGGGGCUAACGCCACCUGGAACAGCAUCCACAAUGCGGUGAUAGCUGUGUUCCAGAGGAAAGACCUGGGAGAGAAUGACCUCUACAUCCUCAAUGAGGGAGUCAGGCAACUACUGAAGACGGAGCUGGGCUCUUUCUUCACCGAAUACCUCCAGAAUCAGCUGCUGACAAAGGGAAUGGUGAUACUGAGGGACAAAAUGCGUUUCUAUGAAGGUCAGAAGCUAUUGGACUCCUUGGCAGAGACGUGGGACUUCUUCUUCUGUGAUGUUCUGUCCAUGCUUCAGGCUAUCUUCUACCCAGUACAGGGUAAGGAGCCGUCGGUGCGGCAGCUGGCCCUGCUUCACUUCAGGAGCAUUAUCACUCUGAAUAUCAAGCUGGAGGACGCCUUGUCCCGCCCCCGCGCCCGUGUCCCCCCCUCUAUCAUACAGAUGUUACUGGUACUGCAGGGUGUCCAUGAGUCUAAAGGAGUGACUGAGGAGUACCUGCGUCUGGAAGCUUUGGUUCAGAAGGUGGUGUCUCCAUACCUGGGAACCCACGGCCUCUACUCCAACGACGGAUCCUCAAUGCAAUACUCCUCCUGCGUACUGGAGAAGCGUCUGCAGCGGUGCUGGCCCAAGUCAGGCGACGCCCCCGUGAAGAACCUGGUGAUGCGCUCCAAGUCCUACAACGUGCCCAUGUUGACGCCUGUGGUGGAGUAUGAUACGGAGACAGGCUCCGUGAGCAGCAUGGGCAUCCGCCGCCAUUCCGUCUGCGAGAUGACUUCCUGUCUGGAAGAAGGCGCCAUCAACGACAUCAGCACCACUUCCUCCCUGGCCUCCGCGGCCCAGCCGGGCCUCUCCUCCCUGGAGCAGAAGCUCAGCCUGACAGGGGUUGUUUGUGGUGGAGGAAGUCUGGAUCUCUGUGGGUCUGUGGGGUCUGAGUCUUUAGGGUCCCACCUCCAGCCCUCCAUCUUUCAGGGCUCUCACUCCCCAGGACCCUUCCUCCACGGCGGGGGGGAGUCGACGGUGUCCCCCUCUGUUCUGUGUCAGGUCCACUCUGGUUCAGAGACGGGGUCGAUCCCCAGCUGUUCCUCCAGCCCGGAGACAGUGGUAGAUCAGAUACUGGACUCUAUGGACUCUGACCUUGAUGGCAUCUUCAUAGACUUCUCCCUCCACAGCUGCUCAGACUCUUCAUCCUCUGAUUACAGCAGGGAGAGUGGUAGACAGAGUGUGGUGUAAUUUGGGGUUUUCUGGUAACUAAUCACAGUUGGAUGAUCUAUGUGAUUGCCUGCUUAUUCACUACUGAUUUCUGGAAAAUCUGUGACUAGUGAGAAUGUGUCUGGAGAUUUGCAGCCCUAGAGGUCUGAUGAAUCUCAAGGGAUUAUCACACGUACUGACACCAUCUGUACUCCACUCACACUGUCGUCUCUAAAAACACACCGCUCUUUCUGGGGUCUAUUUUUCAUGGAAUAUUUCUACAGUAAAUUCCUUUUUAUUAAACAUUUAUUUAGCUUGA